AUGGGAGAAGCCCCAGCUUACAUUGUUGAUGAUCUGGAGAAUCAGAAUGGAUUUGAAAACGGAUUUGGCUCAAAAUUCAAAGGCUGCAAAACCACCACAACCAUCGGAGAUAAGACUUAUGUGAUUGGUGGCGGCGAUGAUGAGUCCACAUUGUUCCUUGAAGUUCAAAUCUUUGAUACAGCUACUGGCGAUUGGGUAACUCCUGUUGUGCUGGGAUCAAAACCUAAAUCAUGUAAAGGCCUCUCAGCUGUAUUAUUGAAUGAUCGUAUUUUGAUAGUUAAGAAGGGUUCCACCCCGGAUGACUGCAUUUGCUUCCUCGAGGUGAACACUCGGUUUGUUAGGGAGCAGAAAAAAAUUCGGGGGACUGACGUUGUUGCCUGGAGUAAGGGAGUAAGGGGCGAUGCUGAGAAACCAGUUGUCAUAAGUGGUCCUUCUGGAGUGGGUAAGGGAACAUUAAUAUCCAUGCUCAUGAAGGAAUUCCCAUCUAUGUUUGGGUUUUCUGUAAGCCACACAACCCGUGCACCAAGAGGCAUGGAGAAAGAUGGGGUUCAUUACCAUUUCACUGAGCGAAGUAUUAUGGAGAAAGAGAUAAAAGAUGGGAAAUUCCUUGAGUAUGCUUCUGUUCAUGGAAAUCUGUAUGGGACCAGUAUCGAAGCUGUUGAGGUGGUAACAGAUGCGGGGAAGAGAUGCAUUCUUGACAUAGAUGUUCAAGGGGCAAGGUCUGUGAGGGCUAGUUCUCUGGAAGCAAUUUUCAUCUUUAUCUGUCCCCCCUCAAUGGAGGAGCUUGAGACACGCCUGCGUUUAAGAGGUACUGAGACAGAGGAGCAGAUUCUUAAGAGACUCCGAAAUGCAGAAGCAGAGAUGGAGCAAGGAAAAUCAUCAGGCAUCUUUGACCAUCUCUUGUAUAACGAUAAUCUGGAUGAGUGUUAUGUGAGCCUUAAGAAACUCCUUGGGCUAGAUGGAGCUGCUGCAGCCACCCAAAGAUCAGCACCGCAAGGGAUUGAUCUGCCUGAAGACCAUUCAGUUUCGAAAAUGGAUAACAAAAUUAUCAUAAAAUGUGGAACACCAGAACUAGAAAAAGCAUCAAAGAACUUGAUAGUAUUGGAUGUAUCCUCACUCAAGGGAGGGGCUCCUGGACGGACAAGAGGGCUUGACGUGUACGCCAUUGACUCAUUUUCAGACGGCUUGAAUGGGAUCAAUCAACCGAGCUAA